AUGGAGAGUGUGGUGUGCGCCGUCCUUUGCGUGUACGGGAACAUCGCGCCCACCGGGGAGAUAGACGAGGCGACGCGGGAGCUGCUGGCGCGGCCGCGCUGCGGGCUGCCCGACCUGGACGCGCCGCGCGCGCAGCGAGCUCCGGGGGGCCGGCGCCGCCCGCGCCGCUUCGCGCUGCACGGCCGCAAGUGGGACUACACCAACCUCACCUGGAGAUCUGAUUUCAAUAACCGAGAAGUCGCCUAG